GCAGCAGCAGCAGCAGCGGAUCAACAGCAGAUUGUCGUCAGGUUAGACUUUAAUGAUGUUUAUUGGAUGUUUUCAUGUUUACUCCUUCACGUUACACCUCCUUCACGUUACAAUCGUAAAUCACCGUCUUUAACUCUCCUUGUUCUCUUCUGCUUCUGUGUCUCCGUCUCACCAGACUCACUAACUUGUGUUUUUAAGCUGCUUGUGUGUAAAGACACGGACAGCUUCCGGUGUUGCACCACAGCUUGUUAUCUUAGAAAGUAUAUUAUCAUGCUUUUCAAAUGUAUAAUGUCCACGCCCACAUUUUCAAAAUUAUGUUCGGAUUAUAUUAAUGAAAAUAAUAAUAAUGAUGAUAAACUUGUAAAAUUAGUUUAAGAAAGUGCUUCAAAGGCUAAAAACAGAAAAUACAAAAAGGUACCUGAACAGAGCCAGCGAAUCAGGAUAAAUCAAUCACGUAACGUUAAUCAAUAACAUCAGGAUCAAUCAAUCACGUAACGUUAACCAAUAACGUUAAAUAAUAUAUAUUGGUUCUUUAAGUUCACCAUGGAAUAUUUAACAGGUUCUAUUGGUUCUUUAAGGCCACCAUGGAAUAUAUAACAGGUUAUAUUGGUUCUUUAAGUUCACCAUGGAAUAUUUAACAGGUUCUAUUGGUUCUUUAAGGCCACCAUGGAAUAUAUAACAGGUGAUAUUGGUUCUUUAAGGCCACCAUGGAAUAUAUAACAGGUUCUAUUGGUUCUUUAAGGCCACCAUGGAAUAUUUAACAGGUUCUAUUGGUUCUUUAAGGCCACCAUGGAAUAUUUAACAGGUUAUAUUGGUUCUUUAAGGCCACCAUGGAAUACAUAACAGGUUCUAUUGGUUAUAUAAGGCCACCAUGGAAUAUUUAACAGGUUCUAUUGGUUCUUUAAGGCCAACAUGGAAUAUUUAACAGGUUCUAUUGGUUCUUUAAGGCCAACCAUGAUGAUGAUGAUGCCAUUUUUGUCCUCUAAGGAGUUCUUCCUCUAAGGAGUUCUUCCUCUAAGAUGGCCGACCUCUGGCAGAACGCCAUGGAUCACGCUGUCGCCAUCGCAAGAAGAGCCGGAGAGGUGGUGCAUGAGGCUCUGCAGGAUGACAGGAAGGUGAUGACAAAGAGUUCGUCGGUUGAUCUGGUGACACAAACCGACCAGAAGGUGGAGCAACUCAUCAUCCAAUCAGUGAAGUACAAAUACCCCACUCACAGCUUCAUAGGGGAAGAGUCUGUAGCUGCAGGUGAACCUUGUGUCCUCACUGACCGUCCCACCUGGAUCAUCGACCCCAUCGAUGGGACAACCAACUUUGUUCAUGCAUUUCCUUUUGUUGCUAUUUCCAUCGGAUUUUCUGUCAACAAACAGAUGGAGUUCGGUGUGAUCUACAGUUGUUUGGAAGAUAAGAUGUACACAGCGAGGAGGGGGAAGGGAGCGUUUUGUAACGGAGAGCCACUGCAGGUUUCUGAUCGGGAAGACAUUAAACAGUCGAUCAUUGCCACAGAGUUUGGAUCCAGCAGAGACCCUGAAGCUGUAGAGAAAAUCUUCUCGAGCCUGAGGAGUGUUCUCUGCAUCCCUGUACACGGGGUGCGCGGUGCAGGAACUGCAGCAAUCAACAUGUGUCAUGUGGCGUCCGGUUGUGUUGAAGCGUAUUAUGAGAUCGGGAUCCACGUUUGGGACGUCGCUGCAGGAUCUCUGGUCGUCUCAGAGGCUGGAGGAGUCCUCAUGGACGUGGAGGGAGGAGCAGUGGACCUGAUGUCCAGAAGAAUUGUUGCUGCCAACAGCAGAACCAUCGCUGAGAGGAUUGUCAAACAGAUUGACAGCUUCAGUCCACUCAGGGACGACGCUCCACCACCACAAACACUGUGAAGAAACGCAGCGAGUUGUGGAUUCAACAGAUUUCAUGUAUGAUGUGGUUCUGUGGAUCCUUCAGAACGUGACCUUCAGCAGUGCUGAGGCGGUUUGUAGAAGAGUGUGAAGCAGUUCGGAUGAGAGUCAGAACCUCCAAGUCUGAGGUCCUGGUUUGGGAUUGAGUCUCAGCUCAAAGAGAGGGAGGAAGUUCAAGGAUCUCGGUCUGGUUCACCUGUGAGGGUCAAAGGGAGCGUGAGAUGGAGGUUCGGUUCGGCGUCAGCAGUGAUGAAGACGUUGUAUUGGACUGUUGUGAAGACGGAGCUGAGCCAGAAGACAAAGUUCUAGAAAUAGCAGUCCGUCUCCGUUCAGAUCCUCACCUGUGGUCAUGAGCUUUGGUUCGAGACAGAAAGAAUAAGAUCGGCCCAGUAGACCCAGACCACGUUGGGGAGAUUCUAUAUCUGGUCUAGGAACACAUGGGGGGUAGUGGGUCCAACCCCAGAUAAGCAGAGAAGAUAAUGAAUGGAUAAUAUGUUGAUAUGUUAAACUUAUUUAGGAGUCUUUGUGUCACCCUAUCCUCUAUUUUUGGGUUUAUCUAUCAUUAUCCACAAAUUUGAGGUGAACCCCUGAAUUUGUGCUUCAAUCAAAAAUAUAUUUUUUUUAACAUUACAAGUUAGAGGGGACCUGUAAUAUAAGUUGAACAUUUGACCCAUAAAUAAAAUAAUUAUUUUUAUCUCCCGACAGCAAAAAAUGCUCUGACAAAAGCAAAUAAGAAGUCGGGUAUCUGUGGCUGUCGUAGUCCGUAAUGAUUGUAAAGUCAUUUCAUUUGGGAAGAAUAAACAUGUAAAGUGACUUUUUACAGCUUUUUUUCUGAAAACGAAGCUUUGAGAGUGAAAAUGUCCCUGAAACCAUUUAAAGUCAUCUGUGAACUAAACAUUCGAAGUGGUGAAGUGGUGACCGGGUGUUAAGGAAACAGAAGAGGGGAAUCUAAAGUAGAUUAAGAUUUAUUUAUUUAAUCGGUUAAAGUGCAGAAAUGAUUAAAGUAGAAGAAGACGUUUCUAACUGAUCUCACUGGUCUAACUGGUCUAACUGAUCUCACUGGUCUAACUGGUUAUAAUAAUAAUAAUAUGCGUCACCUUUCUAUUUCAGUAAAAAACAUGAAGUUGUGCUUAAAGUCCAUCAGCCUCAAGUCUUAACAUCACAAUGAAAAACUCACAUUGAUGUCAAAGUAGACGAGGAACAAGCUGUCGGAGCUGUUCGAAAUCUAUUCCUUCUGUAAAUAAAUAUAAAUAAUAAUUAUUAUUUCAGAGACAAGGACUCUACGGGGGUCAGAGUUAACAUGUGAACAUCACUUCACUAUAAAUAUUGUGUUACAGAUACCAACUGAACAUUUAUUGAAAUGAAAAUCUUCAGGAUUGCCACUUUAAUUACUGAGCAUAACCAUGUUAGCAUUGUUGGCUAACAGCUUUUUAAAGGGGACAUCAGUCCUGAAGCCUGAUUGGCUGCUCGCUCCAUCUUUGGUCCUUUUUUCAUUAUUCUUCCAAUAAAGUCUGCGAUUCCACGGCAACGAAUGAGCUAAUCAGAAGCCAACGGCUGAAGUAUCUGAUGACGUCACUGAGACAGGUAUUUUAGUCUCAAAGCGUUGACUGACCACACCCUCUUCAGUGAUGCCACAGCAGAUACUGACCACGCCCACUGAAAAAGUUAUAGCAGGUUGUGACCACCACUGCUGUGACAUC